AUGCAAGAUGUGCGUGUAGUCCACGGGAACGAGAGAAGAGCUGUUGCGUUUGUGCUGUUUGCUGUCGUGGCCGUGGUGGCUGCUGCCUCCUACGAUCGAGAGAGACUUGAAAUAGCCAAGCAGAUUCUAGAAGAAGUACCACUCACGGACGGGCACAACGAUCUCCCUUGGAACAUACGAAAAUUCUUAAGGAAUCAAAUCAAUGAAUUCGAGCUGGACACUGACUUGACUCAAGUGGAGCCAUGGUCUAUUUCCAAGUACUCCCAUACAGAUUUACCUCGGCUGAGACAGGGAAUGGUCGGUGCACAGGUGAGUUACAUUUUGACAAGCGUAACAUAA